CCUUAAGCCUACCGCAUCCACAAAAAGGCCUCUUGGUAGACCGACGCGCGCAUCCGUCCUCUCCGGCUAAAAUAGCGUCUCUUCCGCCUAACAUGCCGACGACAUCAUCUGCCCCGGUGUACGUCCCUAGUGCGAGUAGAAAGCUUCGAAAAGCCGGCGACACCCCGUACAUGUCCAUCCACAGCUUAGUCCCCCACCCGGCGCAGAUUCCCAGUGCGAGUGAGAAGUAUGGGGCGCCUCAGUCACACUAUUCCACCACGGCCCACCGUCCACGGGGUGUACCAAGGCAAUGGGCCGACCACGUCUUGCUGUCGGGACCCUUUGGAGACUGCCGCGCCGGCACAGUGCUUCCGGUCCACGUACAACUAACCAACCCCCGUAACGGCACUACCUCCUCGCUGCAGGCAAUCCCAGAAGCCUUCCGGGGAAGGACGCCUGCCUUUCCGGCUGGCAAAGUUUUUUGUGCCACGCUGGCUCGCAUCGCGAGAUUGGGCCUUGUCUUGUGCGCCUCUAUGCGGGUGGCGCGCCGAGCCGCCGAUCGGACUCUUCCUUCACCGCGAUCAGUGGAAAACUCGUCAAAGGGGAGAUCUGUCGAUUAUAUAUGGGUGUUGCGAGGAAAGGCGUUCCGUGUAGUGACGGUGCUUAGGGCGACAGGUUGA